ACUGUCUGGACUGCCGUCUGGUCACAGUCUGCGACUCGGGAAGCAAAUAGGAGGGGCGAGUAUUGGGGAUGCCUGCCACGGGAAUGAUCCAUUAACCCCGCACAGCCCACAUCCGCAUUUAUGGAUUAGUUUCUCCUGAAGUGUAAACCAUCAUAUCUAUUGUUCUCGCCAUCACUGAAGUUACUUAAAUAUCCCCGACUGCUCAUAUUCACUUUGCACACGGAGCACAUGACGAAGGACCAGAGAUGUUCUGAAUGAAAGGAGGAUCUGGCAGCCUUUCGAUAACAAUGCUGGAGAACUUGAGCGGAGCCCACAUUGAUCGACCCGCCCCUAGAUCAUCCACAUUCAGCUUCUCUGCCCUGUUUGCUCUGCCACACCACCUUCACAUGGAUGGGAGCAGUCAUCCAUUCAGGAGGACUCUGUACCGGUUGAAGUUGGUAAGUUCUCCAAAUCUGAGUCAGCUGGGGAAAAAUGAAAAGGCUUCAUUGGAGGAGAGAGGAUCAGGGCCUAAUGCCACAUGGAACAGCAUUCACAACGCAGUUAUUGCUGUAUUCCAAAAGAAAGGACUGGCGAACAACGAACUCUAUACACUCAAUGAAGGCGUGAGGCAGCUAUUGAAAACUGAGCUGGGCUCGUUCUUUACAGAAUACCUCCAGAAUCAGCUUUUAACUAAAGGCAUGGUCAUUUUACGGGACAAAAUAAGGUUUUAUGAAGGUCAGAAGUUAUUGGACUCUUUGGCUGAGACAUGGGACUUUUUCUUUUGUGAUGUUCUGACUAUGCUUCAAGCCAUCUUCCACCCCGUCCAGGGCAAGGAGCCAUCGGUGCGUCAGCUGGCCCUGCUGCACUUUCGAAACACCAUCACCCUUAACAUGAAGCUGGAGGAGGCUUUGUCCAGACCGCGAGCCCGUGUCCCUCCCUCCAUCGUCCAGAUGCUUUUGGUGUUACAGGGGGUUCAUGAAUCCAAAGGUGUGAGUGAAGAAUACCUGAAGCUGGAGUCUCUCGUUCAGAAGGUGGUGUCGCCGUACCUGGGCACGCAGGGACUGUGUUCACAUGAGUGUGGCGCCUCUGAGUGCUCCUGUGUUAUCGAGAGGCGUUUGCAGUAUUGCUGGUCCAAGUCUGCAGACCUGCCCUCCAGUAAUCUGGUAGUGCGCUCCAAGAGUUACAACAUCCCCAUGCUGACCCCCGUGGCCGAGUACGACUCUGAAGUGAGCUCUGUGGGCAGCGUCGGCAUCCGGCGUCACUCUGCGUGUGAUGUCACUUCCUGCAUAGAGCCCCAGGGCUAUUCGGCCCUGACUGUGGGAAUAGAGACCAGCUCAACCCCCAGACUCUCACUCGAUCAUGAGCUCACCCUGUCUAGUGUGAUGCGAGGGGCCACGGGACAGCCCGUUCUGAUUUCUCCACCCGUCUUCAUCAACACCUCCGCAGGGUGUCUGCAUGCAGCGGACGCCCCGAUGGCUUCAUCUGAGGUGGACCAGGCCCUUUCGUCACCCCCGAGCUGCUCCUCCAGUCCGGAGACGAUUGUAAUGCAGGGGCUAGACUCACUGGAAUCAGAUCCUGACGGAAUCUUCAUCGACCUUUCCCACUGCCGCUCCGAUUCUUUCGGAACGAGCAGGAAAACUAGCUGAUGGAAUCAAUGUGUGAAGAAUCCAUUUCAGAUGUUUGUGAUUAUAAACUACCACUAUUCUGUGAACUUGUGAAGUAGCUAUGUACGUUGUGAUUUUCAUUCUUGCUUUGCGCAAAAGCCAAGGCUGCUUUGUGGGAAAAAUGGGAGAAGACUCGAUUUGAAGUGAUUGUUUUCAUAAUGUUCUAAACCUGUGGAUGAAUUUUUGAAUUUUUCUAGUUUUUCAUAGACAAUAGAGGUGGAAUAUCUCCAUCUUAAUUAAUAUACAUCUUACUGUCUCUCAUUUAGGAAAGCUAAUUUCCGCCACGGAAUAAAAAACAAUUA